UGCAGCAUGCGUUAGCACACAGGCUAGUGUAGCAUUUUGCUACCAAAGUUGUUUGUGAAGGAGCGAAGCUCAAUUGAAGAAACGGCAUUUCUGUAGGUAUGAAGUUUUAAAAGUUAACAACAAACUCAUGUCUACCUAAUUUGUAACUAACCGCCAGCCCUAUGGACGUUAGCGAGUAUGUUUUAUCGGCUGGUAGAGCCGUGUUAGACAUAGUGGAGAGAGAGUGGCAGCCUCUGUCCUCGGGAGAGCUGGAGCAGCGGCUGGAUCAGGCGGUGGAGGAGAUCCUGGAAGCUGACCUGAUAGCAAAACUGAAAACUCAGCCCCCUCCUACCAUAUUCGUACAGUUACUACAAAGUCAUGCAGAGGUGCAGCCUCAAGUUGUACAGACGACUACAUUCAACUCUGAAGAGGAGGAGCAGGCACCGGGGCAUGGAGAAUCUCAGCAUGCUUUGGACAGUGCUGCAAUACAGCACAUCGCAGACCUUCUUCAGAGCUCAAAAUCCAGAGCUCGAAUGGCAGGACGGGCCCGUUUAUCCCUCUCCCACACUGUCCUGCUGUCCCUCACACUGCUCUCUGAGCGCGUCAGCUACCGCUGCGUUUCUCGCCGCUUCCACCUGGAGAAAGGAAACAUCCAUCGGAUCUUCUUUUCUUUCUGUGAGCGCAUCAACAUCCUGGAGGAGAGGCUGAUCAGAUGGCCAGAUGGCCAGGAGGCAUUAGAGGCCCUUGUCCCACUUGUUAGUCCAGAGAGGGAGCAGGAGGAGCAUGAAGUCCCUCUGGUUCUGGGAGUGUUGGGACAUACCUGCAUCCCGAUCCGCCUGCCACUGGGGAAGCAGAACAUGGAGAGCACAGUACCUGAGGUGAAGAGGAUGAAAAUGGAGGCCCACGCUGACUCUUGGCUAAACCUUCAGCUCGUAUGUGACCGUAACGGCCGGUUCUUGCACUGCAGAAUCAGCAAGGGCUCAGACAUGGACAGAGGCAGAGCUCUGAGAGACAAACUUAAACAGCAUCCUGCACUGAUGCCCUCUGGUUCCUGCAUUGUGGCCAGAGCUGGCUACCCUCUCUCUGCUCAAAUUUUAACUCCAUACUCAGGAAGGCUCAGUCCAAAAGAGGAGCUCUUUAACAAAACACUGGAAGGACAUUUUCACAUCCUGGAUCAGGCUGUUGCCAACCUUAAAGCCAGAUUUCAAAGGCUCUGCUAUCUGGAUAUCGGGAACUACGAUCGAGCCAGGGUUGUUGUGCAGACUGCCUGCGUAUUGCAUAAUGUGUUUUUGGACAUGGGACAGGUGGUUCAAGGAGAAGUUGAAAAAGAAACUCUAACUGUUGAGGUAGAGGGGGAGAUGGAGGAAGAGGGGGUACAGAGACGGGACACCAUUUCAGAUUGGUUGUUUAAAAGAUCUUAUUCUGGAAACCAAUGAUGCAUAUGUGGAUGUAAAUGCACCGUUUUUUUAAUUUUUUAAAUAAAGGUUUAUUUUAA